AUGUCUGGCUUCAAAGACCAAAUUUUCAUUUUUCUUAUGUUGGGGAUUGGUGUUCUUGGCUUAUGUGUUUGCAUAAUGAUACCAUUUUGGUAUUCUACUGUCAAAAUAGAAAGUGAUCUUUGAAACAAUCUAAGGACAAACGUAUAUGAGCAUUAUUUUGAGCUAAAACAGUCCUUAAUCGACAGACUAAAAUGCAUUCAUUCUCAAAAUGAAAUUUCAAUUAGCAAAAAUAAUCCUUCAAAUAAGAGUUUUACCUAUAAAAAUUACUGAAAAUACAUUUGAAGAAUCUUUGUAUAUUUUAUAGUCGUUGCACUGUUUUCUAUUAUAAAUAUAGCUUAUCUCUACAAAAAAUGCACAGAUUAUUUAUCAUAUAGACCAGAAAUAAUUAAAGAGCUUAUACGUGGACAAUUUUUUUUAAACUUAAUAGCCAUAGCGUCAACAAAUUCUCAAUUGGAGCGUUGAGGAUUGCCAUUAGCAAAUUAUAUUCCUAAUGAGUAUUUUUUGGUCAAUAGUUUGCCUACAUUUCAAAAUUACAUAAAAAAUGUUGAACGCUCAAGACUGAUUUUGAGGGAUCAUAAAUAUUUGCCUAUUUUAUCAGAAAAAUUUAAAAGGCUCUUCUUUGAACAAGAAAAUGAUCCAAAUUGAUAUUAUUUUGAUUAUGGGGCAUUUGCCGCUGAAGAUAUCAUAAAUUUUGAUAGUUACUCUGUUACUUAUUCAAAUUUAGACACCAAUUUUUGAUUAUUUUGAAUUGUGAAUCUUGAAGAAUCGGCUAGAACUUAUCGUGAUUUUUCUAUUGAGAUUGAUGGGUAUUCACAAAGUGUAAUUGAAGAUCAAGUCAAAAUUAUAACAAUGGCUUUUGUGGUUUUUGCUAUGAGCUCAGGGUUUAUUUAUUUUUUACUAUAUUUUCAGUUUUUUAGGAAAGAAAAACAUUAUUUGCGAAAAAUCAAUUCAAUUAUGAAAAUUAUUCCUUAA